AUGCCCGAGGAUCAUUCCGCGGCAGCGUCAGCAAGCGAUGGUGUCAGAGCGCCGGCGACGGAGCGCACGGCCUUGCUGGGCGAUGCCCGCUCGACAGCCAGCUCCGACGACAGUGAGGCCCCAGACGAUCCCGUGUUGAAAGAAGCCAGCACGAGGGAAUUGAUUCUGAUUCUGGGGAGUAUCUGGCUGGGUGUCUUUCUUGCUGCAUUAGAUACAACCGUUGUCGCGACGCUUACGGCUCCCAUAUCCUCUUCAUUCCACUCGUUCUCGCUGCUUUCCUGGCUGGCGACCUCGUACCUCAUCUCCAAUGCGGCCGUUCAGCCGCUCAGCGGUCGACUGACCGAUAUCUUCUCCCGACGGGCAGGAUUGCUCUUCUCCAACUUCUUCUUCGCCAUCGGUAAUCUCAUCUGCGGGCUCGCGAACAGCGAAUUGUCCAUCGUCAUCGGCCGGAUCGUCGCUGGCAUCGGCGGCGGUGGUUUAACGGUUAUUUCAACCUUUGUCACAUCGGACCUGGUCCCUCUUCGUCAUCGUGGAGUCUGGCAGGGCAUUGGUAAUAUUUUCUAUGGCGCAGGAAGCGGGUUGGGCGGUGUCUUCGGAGGCUGGAUCAACGAUAACUUGGGCUGGAGAUGGGCGUUUUUGAUACAGGUGCCCUUUUUGGUUGUCUCGAUGGUCCUGGUCGCAUUCAAGGUGACCGUACCUGUUAAGGAGACGGACACGUCGAGAAUCAAGCGUGUCGAUUUCCUCGGUGCCAUUACGCUGCUCGUCACGCUUGUUCUGUUCUUGCUCGGUCUCAACGCAGGCGGGAAUCAGGUCCCCUGGACUCAUCCUCUUGUUCUCACUUCAUUGCCUCUGUCUGCAUUGUUCCUGGGUAUAUUCAUCUACGUCGAAGCAAACAUAGCCGCGGAACCAGUCAUCCCCGUCCGUCUCCUGCUGAACAGAACUGUCUUCUCCGCCUGUCUGACGAACUGGUUCGUCACCAUGGCCGUCUUCGGCCUUCUCUUCUACCUCCCCCUUCUCUUCCAGAUACAGGGCUACUCGACCACAGCAGCCGGUGCACGCCUCAUUCCCCAGGCCAUCGGAACCUCCCUCGGCUCACUGGGCUCGGGUAUCCUCAUGCGCACCACGGGCCGGUACAUGCUGUUCAGCCAUAUCUCGAUGAUCCUCCAGAUCCUCUCGACGGGCUUAAUCUGCACUUUGAAGUUAACCUCCCCGCCUAUUCUACCGUUCAUCUAUUUCUUUAUCCUAGGGGCCGCAUACGGGAGCAUUCUCACCGUCACGCUGGUCGGACUCAUCUCGGCCGUCAGCCAUGAUUUCCACGCCGUUGUUACCUCGGCUUCGUACGCAUUCCGCAGCACGGGAAGCACGAUCGGUAUCACCGUUGCCUCGGCCGUUUUCCAGAAUGUUCUCAAGGGGGGCCUGUGGUCGCGGUUCGGGGAUCGGGAGGGUGCCGGCGAUCUGAUCUCUAGGAUUAGGGAUAGUCUCGACGAGAUUAAUAAGAUCCCCGAGGAUUGGAGACCGGGCGUGUUGGCGGCGUAUACGGAUUCGUUGAGGGCGGUGUUUCUGACGCUGCUUGGGUUGAGUGUGUUGGGAGCGUUGGCGAGUUUGGCCAUGAGGGAACAUGUGUUGCAUACGAAUUUGGCAAGGAAGUAA